AUGGACGAUCCAAGGUUUGCACGUAUAAAGAAAGAUCCCAGAUUUAAAUCAUUACCAAAAAAACAACUCAAAACUAAACUAAACAAAAAAUUCAGUUCCAUUCUAAAGGACCCAAAGUUUUCUACAAAACCUAAAUUUGAUAUAUAUGGAAAUAAGAGAAAAUACAAUUCAGAAUUUAAAGAUCAUUAUGAAUUGGAAGAUGAAGAGGAAGAAUAAGUAAUUCAAUAAGAAGAAGAUGAAGGAAAUUAAAAUGAAGAUUAAUCAUUAGAAUAAGAUUAAUAAGAAGACUCUAAAGAAAAAUCAUAAGAUGAAUCUGAUCAAAAUGAAGAAGAACUUAAUUCUGAAGAAGAUAUUUCUAUAUCAUCAGGUGUUGAUAAUUGGGAAGAUGAAGACUUAGAUUAAAAGAAUGCACCAAUUAUUUUAUAAGCUACAAAAAGAUUGGCAUUAUAAAAUUAUGAUUGGUAAUAAAUUAAGGCUAAAGAUUUAUUCGUCCUUUUUUCUUCAUUUGCACCUACAGGCUCAUCUAUAUAAUAAGUAUAAGUAUAUGUUAGUGAAUAUGGAAAAUAAAAAUUGGCUGAAGAAAAUGAAUUUGGACCUAGACAAAUAUUCAAAGAGAAUUAUGUGUAAUUAUUUUAAUUUAAUUAAUUAGACCAAAAAAAUAAAAAGAUGAAGUUAGUGCAGUAAAUGAAUUAAUUGUAAAAGGACAUGAAGAAGAUUUAGAUGUAGAUCCUAUAAAAUUAAGAUAAUAUGAAAAAGAUAGACUUAAAUACUAUUAUGCAGUUAUUGAAUGUGAUUCAAAUAAAACAGCAGAUUAAAUAUAUUAAUAAAUUAAUGGAAAGGAAUUUGAAUUAACUAAUAUAAAAAUUGAUUUGAGAUUCAUUCCUGAUGAUGUAGUAUUACCAAAAGAUAAUCUCAAAUAGGAAUGUAAUACUUUACCAUCUCAUAUUACAUCUAACAAUAUUAUCAAUAGAGCUGUUGGACAUACAGAUGUAAAAUUAACUUGGGAAGAUAGUAAGCCUAGAACAAAUUUUUGGAAUAAAAAUAUUAAAAAUUUUAAUAAAGAAGAUUUUGAAGAUAUUGUUGGAAAUUAUGAAAGUGAAGAUGAGGAAAAAAUUAAAGAAGAUGUUAAAGAUCUAUUAAAUUAAGUUUAAGAAAAUAAAAAUGAUGAAGAAGAGGAUUGGAGAAAUUCAUUUAAAAAAAGUAUUAAUAAUUUUUAUAAUUAGAAUCUAAGAGUAAUCUAAAAAUUACAUUUUAAAGUGGAUUCAAUCCAGAUGGUUAAAAUUCUAUUAUUGAAAGAAUGGGUUAAAAGUCAAAAAAAAUUCAUGUACCUAAGGAAGGAAGAAUUGAUGAUUUUUUUGUUGGAUUUUAAGAAUAAGAAUAAGAUGAUGAUGAUAAUGAAGGAAGACCAAAAGAACAUUUAAAAUAUUUAGAAAGAAAGAAAUUAAAAAAAUAAGAAUUAAAAUAAAAGAGAUUUGAAUAAGCAUAAUUAAAAUUAUUAGUUGAAGAUGAUAAAAAACCAAAAAUUGGAUUUAAUCCUAAUGAUAAAAGGUAAAAAAAUGUUUAAUAUAAAUUUAGAUUUGAAGCUAUACAUACAAAACCAGAAUAUGCAAUUGAUCCAACUAACAAAUAAUUUAAAUCUGUAUAAAAUGAAUAGGAACAAAGAAAAAAAUAGAAAUUAUUUUGA